CCAAAGAACCGUCGAAGAACGUGGAGGUGUUAGUAACAAUUAGUGUGCCCUUGUCAUAUACGCUGGAAUUGCUUGUAACGCUCGUCAACAAGUUUCUUUGAUGGAGGCUUUUUGGGUAACUUGUUGAAGUUGAAAAAUUCCAGCAAUUAAGUUGCUUCAGACCAGGACGUCAGAAUCAUGUUUUUGGCACCGUCACAUAUUCACUUUACGGACUGCACGGGCUUACUAGCCCUGCACGAGAUCACGCCAGAGGAAAGCUUUAUCGAAAUUUCUCGGAAAAUCGUUCAAAAAGGAGACUGUCCCAAACUACAGGUGGUGGAGAAAGCGGGUAACUUUUUUACCUUAAAUAAUACACAACUGCACGUGUUCAGGAGGCUUGAGGCCCAGGGAAAGUGCCCGAGGGUUCGUGUAGACAAAGUACCUCUCAGUGAAAUCCCAGAAGGUAUUCUACGAAUGAUGGUGAUUCCAGUAAAGAACAACAACAGCGAUGAUAAUACCGUUAUUUUGAAAUCUCCAGCAGACACAAGUCGGAAAACGACGAAAGGUUACCAUAAACUCGGCCAAAUGGAGACUGAUCAGGGAGGGAAUUCUGACAGCGAACAUGAGAGCGACUCAGAGACGGAAGAUUCCGCACAGCAGGAGUCAGAGUCAGAUUUCGAUUGGACUGACGAGGACGACAGAGAUUGCAGUGGGCAUGGUUCAUCAGAUGAAGGGCCAUCAGACGAGGAGAAGGAAAGCCUGUUGUGAACAAAUGAGAAGAUCUUGUUACAGCGGAAUAACAUCCUCUGUACCAGACAAUUGGUGUUAUUAGGAUUGCCAGUUCCGGCAGAUUACGCGCAACAGUCAGAAAUGCCUCCGGGUCUGCGAGUGUUACCACGAGGCUUAGAAACCAGGCUUUCAGGGACAGAUGAUAUAUCGAUAGACGAUUACCAGACAACGAUGACGUGCUCAUUUUUGUUUAAAAUCGAGACUUGUAAAACAUUUACAGAACACUCUGCAAGUCGUCCAGUCGUCUAACGUCCAGCCAAAAUGUGCUACCAAUUCUUCGAAGGUGUCUUGGAGAGUGAAAUCGUGUUUGUUUUGGUAUACAUUAAAACAGCGUGAAUUUUUUCACAAAGUUUCAGUUUUUGAUCCUUCAUUAUUCCCAUGGGCAAGUGACAGCCAGUGAGAAGUCUUAAGAUACGAACUCGCACGUUGUAACGUCUUGAUUCAUUGACACGGGUAUUGUAGAUGUUACUACUCAUGAUGAACAUUCCAGGAAGUAUCCUGCUUCUGAUGACCUGCGUUAGCUGGGCAACGCUGUAGACAAUUUUGCAAUCAGAUAACUAUAAUAAUGGAUGGGGUACCAACAUAUGUUCAGUUCGAUUCCUUUUCAUUUUUGUCAUUGCUGUCAACUUAGCUAAGAUUUCUCGACAGGUCUAUAUGAAGAAUGAAGAACCAGAAAAUCUGCAUCCUUCGUGAACGCGAAGGAAUACAUUUGUAUAGGCGAUAUCCACGUGAUCCGUCAAUAGUUUCAAUGUGCAGAGACAACAACUGAGAUUGGCAUGGUGGCCAUAUCACUUCUUGGUUGACUUUGGGUCGCCUAAUGGAAACCAUUGCUUGAGACAACGGAUUUCAGAAAAGGAAAAUGCAAACAUCCCCUGUAAAGGAAGUGUAGCAUGUACUGUACUUACCUGUUUAUUGCUGCUAUGCCUUUCCAGCUUGGUACGUCUUUGUAAAUAUUUGGGGUGAUAUUCGGUUCGCAAAGAUUGCUUUCCUUUUACAUGGAGCCAUGGUGACGCCAGCCGAUUCAUGGGGGAAGACGAAUCGUAACACAUGAUCACGUUUGUAUUUGUUUGGGACUCUGGCGUUAAACAGCAAUCAAAUAAAUAAAUAAAUAAAUGCAUUUGUUUGGACGUUCCCGCGAUUUGAGUCAGUUGUUCUCCUUCGCUCUUAUUAUAGGACCUAUGUCUUUCAGAUUUCACUUUCAAACUGGUAAACACUAGUUUAUUCUAGGCAAUCACAGGAAUUUUGUUAUGGACAUAACCAAACUGAUUGGCGAAAUGCUGCAUACAUGUAUCCAUGUCAGUUAACAACCUGAAACUAAUCAUGGUGUUGACUCCAUUUGUGAAAUAUCUGCUGGGCAUAUUUCCGGUGUGCAGUGGUGGGCUAGAAACGUCAAUAGUUUUAUAUAUAUUCAUCUGUUAGUACUCGGUACCAAAGACCAAAAUUUAAGUUGGUCAGCGAAGAGCUAAACGAUGGGUUGUAUACAUUCUUAUAAAGUACAACCGUUGUGUGGUAACAAUUUGGCAUCAACAUGUACCGUUAUUAUCUAUAGGGAUGCUCGCACCGAAUCGUCCAAAUCGACAUUAUGUAGUUUUCAUCGUUCCAUUAUGCCUGAUGUGGUUUCCAUCGUUCCAUUGAUAUUAGCCUUAGUCUGCAACCAUGUAAAAUCGCAUAAUACAAAUCACUCGGUCUAUUAUGAAUACGAAUAUUUAACCUGAUCCAAAGACUAUACAUAAUGUCUUCCAUCUGUAACUGGGUAUUGCUUUGACAGUUCAUGCUGGCAGUUUUUGCUAAACGUAUAGGUUGUAUUUUUUCUUCACAGUCCAUCGUUAUUUCUGGUGUAGACUUUAUUAGGUGUUUUUUUGUGAGAAGUGUGUCAGCUUUUUUUCUAAUGUCCCUGUUCACAAUCGGUAUUAUAAUUGGAGUACACAUUUGGCUGACACACUUCCUUGUUCGUAAGGCAGUUUGAAUACCACUCUUCCAAACUGAGCAAUAGUUUCCGAAUUAUUUAAGUCUUCUAUUAGGUUUCCUAAAUACCUACCGAUUAUGUAACUUUAAUUUGUAAUAUAUAGAACAUACAACUAGGUAUUGUCAGUUUCCAUCUUGAUUUUUGAUAUGACACUAACUUGUUCGUUAUGUGGAACUGUUAUAAAUGAAUAUAUCAAUUUGUCCUAUUGGCAUUAUC